AUGGCGUCUAACCCGACCGACAAGCUCAAGGCCGGGCCUGACGCUCUCCGCAAGGAGGCCGAGUCCUCUGCCGCCUUCGAGAACCUGCAGGAGGAGGCCAAGAUUAGGAGAUUCCAGGCUCUGGCAAGGACUGACCCGGCCCAGCAGAACUCCCAGCCCAUGACCAUCAACCGUCUCCAGGUCCACGGCGCUUCCAACACCCGACGCGGCUUCCUCGACCCCAUCUUCGAGCCCCUCCUGACCGCCGAGGCCAACAGCUCCUCCACCCUCGGCGAAGUCGCAGCCCGCCUGGGUGAUGCCAAGGGCAAGCUCGAGAGACUGGGCAUCUUCCACCCCGAUCCCAAGGUUCACAUCAACGGAUCCGACCCCGCCGACCCCUCCUCCACCCCUACCGACGUCGACGUCGACAUUGUUGUCAAGGAGCUCUCCCGAUACAAGAUCAAUGCCGGCACCGAUGUAGGAAACAGCGAAGGCUCCGUCUACACCUCCGUGCUCUGGCGCAACAUCUUUGGCGGCGCCGAGCAGCUCACCGUCAAUGCGAGUGCUGGAAACAAGACUCGGUCCGCUUACAGCGCGAACCUGAGUGCCCCUGUCAACAGCAACCCCGACACCAGGAUUUCUCUGGAGGCACUGGCAUCUACCACAGACAAGGCAUGGGCUGCCCACCAAGAGGCUGUCAAGGGAGGCAACCUCCGCUUCUCCUGGCUGUCUGGCAAGAGUGUGCACUCGCUCGAGUACUCUGGUGUCUGGCGUCAGGUUACUGGCCUUAGUGACAACGCGAGCCCCUCAGUCCGCGCCGACGCCGGGGACUCCGUCAAGAGCUCCAUCAAGCACACAUACUCGCGCGAUGCGAGAGACAACGCGCAACUGCCUCAAAGCGGCUACUUGCUCAAGUCCGUCUUCGAGCUCGCAGGUGUCGGUCCUCUCGCCGGAGACGUCGCCUUCUCCAAGGGCGAGUGCGAGAUUGGUGGCGCUGUCCCCAUCUCUCUGCCCGGCAUUAAGGGCCGUUCCGGUAUCUCCAUCGGAGGAGGCCUCCGCUUCGGCAUGCUCUACCCUCUUCCUCUCGGCUUCGCCUCCGAAGGCAAGGCCCAGCCCAGCCGCAUCAACGAUAGGUUCCAGCUCGGCGGUCCUACCGACGUUCGCGGCUUCCACUUUGGUGGCCUCGGUCCCCACGACGGCUCGAACGCUGUCGGCGGAGACCUCUUUGCUGCCGGAAGCGUGAACAUGCUCUUCCCCCUGCCCUACAAGGGCGCCGACUCUGCUCUUCGCUUCCAGAUCUUCGCCAACGGUGGCAGGCUCGUGGCGUUGAAGAACAAGACCAAGGGCGACGGCGAGAAGAAGGCUGCUGGCCUCAGCACCCGAAGCGUCGCGGGUAGCAUGUACAAUGCCCUCAACGACCUGACCACGGGCUUGCCGUCGACCGCCGUCGGUGUCGGUCUGGUCUAUGCCCAUCCUGUUGCUCGAUUCGAACUGAACUUCAGCCUGCCUAUGGUGCUCCGUAAGGGCGAGCAAGGCACUAAGGGCCUUCAGGUUGGCGUCGGUAUCAACUUCUUGUAG